GCCCGGGUCGCUCGCCGGUCCCGGCCCCGCGCCGCCCAGAGUCCGAUGGCGGCAGCCGCGCGGAGGGACCCGGCUCAGGUUCCCUUGACUACAGAAGCACUUAUGGACCUCACAAAGGGCUCUGUGACCUUUGAGGACGUCGCCAUUUACUUCUCACAGGAAGAGUGGAGAGUUCUUGAUGAGGCUAAGAGGCUCCUGUACCUUGAAGUGAUGCUGGAGAACUUUGAGCUUGUAGCCUCUUUGGGUUGCGGACAUGGAACAGCAGAGGAUGAAGAGACACUUUCUGAGCAGAAUGUUUGUGUAGGAGUAUCACAGUCUAAGGCAGCUUCAUCUACCCAGAAGACUUACCCCUGUGAGAUGUGUGUCCCAAUCCUGAAAGAUAUUUUGCAGCUGGCUGAUCUGUCUGGGCAGAAACCAUACUUGGUUGGAGCAUGUGCAAACCGUCACCAGCACCAGAAGCCUUACAGUGCAAAGAAACCUUUGAAGAAGGACAUAGACAGAGCCUCAUAUGUGAAACAUUGUCUAUUCCGUGUGUCAAGGAGGCCCUUCCUCAGUUGGGAGGUUGGGAAGGAUGUCCCAGCCAUGUUAGGGCUUCUAAGGUCCCUGAUCUUUCCCAAAGGUGAAAAGCCCAACAAAAUCACUGAGUGUGGGGAAGACAUUCACAAUAAAAAAAAUCAUCACAAGUCAGAGAAACGUGGGAAAGCUUCCAGGCACAAACACAUUCCUGUUCACUGCUCAAGAGUCUAUACUGGAAAAAAGCUUUAUGAAUGUAGCAAAUGUGGGAAAGCCUUCCGUGGCAAGUAUUCACUUGUUCAGCACCAGAGAGUUCAUACUGGAGAAAGGCCUUGGGAGUGCAGUGAAUGUGGAAAAUUCUUUAGCCAGACCUCCCACUUGAAUGACCAUCGGAGAAUCCAUACUGGAGAAAGACCUUAUGAAUGCAGUGAAUGUGGAAAAUUCUUUAGACAAAACUCCAGCCUUGUUGACCACCAGAAAAUUCACACUGGAGCAAGGCCUUACGAGUGUGGUCAGUGUGGGAAAUCCUUUAGCCAAAAAGCCACCCUUGUUAAACACCAAAGAGUUCACACUGGAGAAAGGCCUUAUAAGUGUGGUGAAUGUGGGAAUUCCUUUAGUCAAAGUGCCAUUCUUAAUCAACACCGAAGAAUUCACACUGGAGCAAAGCCUUAUGAGUGUGGCCAAUGUGGAAAAUCCUUUAGCCAAAAAGCUACCCUCAUUAAACACCAGAGAGUUCACACUGGAGAAAGGCCUUAUAAGUGUGGUGAAUGUGGGAAAUCAUUUAGUCAAAGCUCCAUCCUUAUUCAACACCGUAGAAUUCAUACUGGAGCAAGGCCUUAUGAGUGUGGACAAUGUGGAAAGUCCUUUAGCCAAAAAUCUGGCCUAAUUCAACACCAGGUAGUUCACACUGGAGAAAGGCCUUAUGAAUGUGACAAAUGUGGGAAUUCCUUUAGCCAGUGCUCCAGCCUCAUUCAUCACCAAAAAUGUCAUAACAUGUAGAAGCCUUGUGAAAACAGGAAAUGUGGAAAAGCCUUCAGCCCAAGGUCUAACAUUGUUUAGUCACUGGAAGGCCACACUUGAGAAAGGCCUUUGGUCCUGCAAAGCAUGAGCUGUCUUUCUUCAGUAUUAUGAUGCAGAGAGCCUUUGUGAGGGAGCCAUCUGCCUGAAGUUGAAUUUCAUAUUU